AUGCUUCCCGCACCAGAGGAAUUGCAGUCACACAUCGUUUCGUGGGUCGCUAAGCAGCAAAAUAGUCGCAAGUCACUGCACGCAUUGUGCUCCACGUCCAGGACGCUAGGACGUAUAGCCUCAGAAGCUUUUUAUCGCGACGUCAAACUUUAUCCUGACGAUGCACCUUUCUUCUUGCGUACGCUAUUCGAGUGCCCGGAGCUUGGUUCAACAGUAAGGCGAUUGCAGGUCUGCGUUUUGCUUGAAUCCAACACGGCUCUUGACCCGGACCUCAAGGCGAAGUCAAUUCAAGCAUUGCAUGAGCUAGGGCUUGCCGGUAGCCUGUGGGAGCAGAAGAUUAGGGACGAUGGUUUACCUACAGUAGCAGGUCUGAUUCUCACUCGUCUCCCCCAGCUCACCGAGCUCGACAUCAGGGUCGCGCCUAUUAUGCCGAAUGUCGCUUCUCAGUCGCCUUGGUAUCAACUUUUUGGCAGUGACGAGGUGCCGCAACCUGUAGCACCCGUUCUUGAACGGUUGCGAUCGCUCGCUAUUGGUGGUGCUAUGCUUCCACUGCUGGGGAUUAACUUUCCAAAGUUACGCACAUUACGUGUACGGAGAAUAACCACCCCCAUGUUAUAUCCUAAACGUGCACUACUACCCGGAGCACGCGGUGUGGAGGAUUUACACCUCGAUGCCACGGUUAAAGUCGCGAAUGUAGAACACGCCACACUCAUCUUCGGCACUUUGAACCACCUCAUUGAGGCAAUGAAUGGUAUUCAGAUUACGAGGCUCAGUAUCGACCUGUGGGCUCCCGAUACUUUCAAUCCCACCAACAGGUAUUCAGCUCAACAACUCCUAGACCAAUUGCAAGACAUCGCCUCAGGCAUAAGAAAACUUACCAUCAAUUGUGUUGCGGCCAAUUGUGUUGGGGAUGAGAUGUAUCAGCAAAGCCGGCAUGCAUUUCGCGAAAGACCGAUGGUUUCAAUUGAGCGCUUCUCAUCGCUCACAACAAUGAUUGUGCCAUCCUAUUUCCUGAAUACUUCAUCCGGAUCGCGCCGCUCGGAUCAGCCCAUCGCUGUUAAAGACAUUCGCCUUCGCACGGCUCCGAACCUCAGGAUCUCGAAGUGCGAGUUCAUAGGUUCUGACCAGCACAUGACCCAGCUUGACUUUGCACCACAGAGUUCAUAG